GAAUUCGCGCGAGUUCUCCCGCUACGGCAGUGCUUCCGUCGCACCUCGCCGCCUUCAGCCGGCGAACCCGUCGUUCUCCGCCGCCGCCGCACCCUGCCGGUUCUCUCCCGACCCUCCAUAAUCUGACCUGCAGUUUCUGCAGAGCCGGAGGCGGAGCCACCCUCGUGCUCGCCGCCACCACCCGCCGUCGCGCCCCCCGUCGGACCUAGGGUGACCCUCUUCUAAGAUCUCUUUCCUCAGCAAUUUCGUCAUCGACGUCGCUCCGUCGUCACCUCGCCGCCGUGCGACCGUCUCUAGCGCUCCUCUUCUUCAGUGGAAUUCCGUCGACUGCUUAACGCAUCAGGAACCCUCUGCAAUCAAGGAAAUCUCGGAAGAUGGACGUGAUCUCCCAGCUGCAGGAGCAGGUCAACACGAUCGCCUCGGUUGCCUUCAACACCUUCGGCACCCUGCAGAGGGACGCGCCCUCCGUGCGGCUCUCCGCGAGCUAUCCCGAGCCGCCCCCGAUCGCCGCGGAGGACGCGUCCAGCUUCGCCGAGCAACCCAAGCUGAUGAGCUCUGCUCUCGUUAAGGCCGCCAAGCAGUUUGAUGCCUUAGUCGGUGGACUUCAACUACCCGAGGGAGGAGAAGAAGCUCAACUCAAAAGGAUUGCGGAGCUCCAGGCUGAGAAUGAUGCUGUAGGACAAGAACUUCAGAAGCAACUUGAAGCUGCCGAGAAGGAAUUAAAGCUGGUCCAGGAGCUAUUCAGCCAGGCAACAGAUAACUGCUUUAAUUUGAAGAAACCGGAUUAGAAAACGAGGACACCUCUCUUCUUUACCUUUUCGUUAAAUUUAUGCAGUAGAGAUGAUGACUGAGAGAAAUAGGCAUUCUAAUGUUCGGAUAGUGCGAAGGGAUCCUGAGAUGUCGCAACCCUGUAUCGGUUGAGUUUUGAAGUCCUUGCCUAGUAAAAGUUUCUUAGUGCACAAAAAGCAUGUCCAGUCUUAAAUCUUUAAUUGCAAAUACAAAUUCUUA